CUCUGCGAAUUAUUGUGGUUGUGAGCAAAUGAAGGGAGGAAUGGCAUCUAUCAAUGGCUUAUUAUUUGUCCUGUGGGUGUUUGUGCUUCUUCACUCCACUGCCAUUGAAGCUCAUGGAGAAGAAAAAUUGGUUGGAUGCCCCCAACAUCCUGACAAAGUCAUAAAGCUACCUGGUCAGCCUUCUAUAUCCCCACCCAUAUGCCACUUCUCAGGCUUCAUCACUGUGAAUGCUUCUCAUGGGAGAGCUCUUUUUUACUGGUUUUUCCAAGCUUUAUCGAACCCCACUCACAAGCCCUUGCUCCUAUGGCUCAAUGGAGGGCCGGGUUGUUCUUCUGUUGGUUAUGGAGCGGCAGUGGAAUUGGGCCCUUUCAGGGUUAACAACAAAGGAAAUGGGCUUGACCACAACAAAUACUCUUGGAUUCAAGAAGCAAAUGUGCUAUUUUUGGAAUCUCCCAUUGGAGUUGGGUUUUCCUACAGCAACACAUCCUCCGAUUUCAUCAAUUUGGACGACAAAUUCGUAGCCAAAGAUGCUUACAGUUUCCUGCUAAAGUGGAUGAAAAGGUUUCCUCGAUAUCAAGGCCAUGAUUUUUUUAUUUCGGGAGAAAGCUAUGCAGGUCACUAUGUGCCUCAACUGGCGGACCUUAUAUAUGACGGCAACAAAAAUAAAAGAAAUCAUUUCAUAAAUCUCAAAGGCUUCAUCGUGGGGAAUCCUGAGACUGAGGACUUUUAUGAUAGCAAGGGGCUUGUGGAGUAUGCCUGGAGCCACUCAGUGAUCUCCGACCAAUUGUACCAACAAGUGAACCAUGCCUGCAAUUUUAAGCUCAGCAAUUGGACGAGGGAGUGUGCAAAUGCCAUUAAUCUGCUUUUCGAACAGUACAAGGAGAUUGACAUAUACAACAUCUAUGCCCCAAAAUGCACUCUCAGCCGCACAUCAUCACUUCCAACGUCGUCGUCUUCCUCUCGAAGUAGUGAUGAUAAGGUAAAGCUGAGGAGGAUGAGGAUAUUGGGGGGGUAUGAUCCAUGUUACGAAGUGCACACCGAAGCAUAUUUUAACAGAGAUGAUGUACAAGAAGCUUUCCAUUCCAAAUCCCCUAUCCGUGUACAUUGGCAGUCUUGCAAUCAUUAUAGCAACUCGAUAUUUGAAGCGUACAACUAUGUGGUGCUUACUGUUCUACCCAUCUAUACCAAGCUGAUCAAAGCCGGCCUCAAAAUAUGGGUUUACAGCGGGGAUAUUGACGGUCGAGUGCCAGUGAUCGGGACGAGAUACUGGUUAGAGUCCAUGGCCCUCUCUCUUAAGACACCAUGGCGCACCUGGUACCACAACAAUCAGGUGGGUGGAAGAAUUGUGGAAUUCGAGGGGCUCACGUUUGUGACGGUGAGAGGGGCGGGUCAUUUGGUGCCGCUUAAUAAGCCCGGUGAAGCACUCGCGCUUAUUCACUCAUUCUUGUCGGGCAAUUCUCUUGCAACCAAACCAUAAUCAUGCAACCACUUCCCUCCCUUCUCUCUCCCUCUCUCGCAAACGCUCGUUACAGAGAAUAUCUCGCUCACAAACACUCGUUACAGAGCCUCGUGUUUUGGCAAAGGAUGCAGUUUCAAUAAGUCUAGGACUUAUGAAAAAAGAAAAUGAAGUCUCACUUUCAAAUCUUGUCUGGAAACACUUUGGGCCGUGGAAAUCCCUAUAAUGGCUCUAUAAUCUAUUUUUGAGGAUGAAAUUUGCAGCUUAAAAUAUAG